ACCAUUCUUUUACAAAUAAAAAUAUGUGCUGCCAUGAUCAAUAUGAUGUCAAAAAAUUAGAAGAAAGACCAAUUGAUUUUUUUCCAUUUGUUUCACUUUUUAAUUCAGAUAAUGAUAGUUUCCCCGAUAUUGGAGAAGGAUGUACCAAAGCUUGUAAAGAAAAAAUGAUAAAGCUUUCACGUUUAGUCCUAACAAACUAUAUGAAUGCUUUGUCCUGGUACUACCACGAUGUUAAAAUUGGCACUGAUUACGAAUAUUCGGGUCAUUCAUCCUAUAUUUGUUUUAUUAUUGAUGGAUAUAAAUAUGAUCCAGAAUAUUUCGAUUAUACAUUAGAAAUAAAAGAUAACCAAAUUCCAGAUUAUGAAAAAGUUCAACAAGAAAAAAAUAAAGAUAAAAAAUAA